AAUACGGGGAAAAUGUUACAUAAUUCUCUGUAGAUUGUUAUAAACUAUAUUUAUUUCCUUUAACUGUUUGUCAUUUUAUAAGUUCUGGUUUAGUUAUUUGGUCAAAAAGUUGUGUACCUACAGUUUUUGUUGAAUAAAGCUUCAUUUCCAAAAGUUGCCAAACUUUUAUAUUACACUAAGAAAGUUAAUAAUCAAAUGAUGUAGCAUCUAGAGGUCUAAAAAACAACAAGGAAUAGACAUUAGACGGUAACAUUCACGUUGAGAUCGGUAUGGAUAUAUGUUUCGCGACAGGCAGUGCUACAUGUAUCUGAGAUUUCUAUCCAUGCUUCAAUUGCUCCAACACGUUGAGAUGAGCUCAGGAAACAUCAGUUCAAUUGAAUCAAUAAAUUCAAAAAUUCCUCCCAAAACUCACGAUCUUCCAUAUUGGAAACAACACUGUUUAUAUUUUAGUAGCGCGAUACUGUGGUGAUACAGAGGGCGAUACCAUCUGAUACCAAUACAGCGAUACUGAGACAGACAAAUACACAGUGAGAUUUGUAUUCAGAUACUGAUACUGAAAACAUAUAUCGAUACCGAUCUCAACGUGGAUUAGGCCCUUAACGCAAUGCAAGUACAUAUCAUCAAACAAGUAAUAACAAUAAGCAUUUACAGUUUUUAUUGUAGACUGUAUUUCAGAAAUUAAUUAUCAAUCUACCGAAAAAAAAAUCAUAUUUUGCUAACAAGAAAAUGUAAAAGCGUGUAUCACUUCAUCCGUAAUCCACUCCUGAAUAAACAUCCCUCCAAAAAUCCUGCGCCAAACUCUCUACUACAAAACGCAAUCCCAAAAAAAAAUCAAUACCCACCCUGCAAACAAGAAAACUGAGGUUAAGCGUCAGCAGGACCUGCUGGCCCCAUUAAAAUUGUUAUCCUGUCCCUCCUGGAGCCCCCUACAGCCACUACGCUGCUGUACAAGGUGUUCCCCAGUCCCGGCAUAGCCCGCAGCGUUUGGGCUCUGCCCCAGCAGGCUUCCUGCAAUAUGGUGGCCGAUGCGGAACAUCCUGCGGCUCCUGACCAGCACGAGAAAGACGGGGGCGACGUUGCGGACAUUGCGGAACAAAGUCACAGGAAUAUUUUCGAUUUGGUUAAGGGCAGUGAAAUCGGCGACGUAGAAGAAUACGUGGAAAAAUACGGCGUAGAAGUAUUGAGAGCCAGAGACGAAUGGGGCUACACGCCAGCGCAUUGGGCAGCUCUCGACGGCAAUGUAGAUCUGAUGAGAUUUUUCAUAGAUAGAGGAGCUCCGAUCGAUCUACCGUGUUUAGGGACUCAAGGGCCAAGGCCUAUACAUUGGGCGUGUAGAAAAGGUCACGCUGCCGUGGUCCAAGUGUUGCUUCAAGCCGGAGUAACUGUCAAUGGGGCUGAUUUUAAAGGGCUCACUCCUUUGAUGACUGCUUGUAUGUUUGGUAGGACAGCUACAGCCGCUUAUUUAUUAGGAAUGGGUGCAUUCAAUCAUCUAGUUGAUAUUAAUGGAGAUACAGCAAUGCAUUGGGCAGCCUAUAAAGGUCAUCCAGAUCUUUUAAAACUCUUAAUGUACUCUGGAGCUAGUUUACAAAAAUCUGAUCAUUUUGGUUCUACUCCUCUACAUCUUGCUUGUCUUUCGGGCAGCUUAAGCUGCGUAAAGCUUCUUUGUGAGAAAAAUGACCUAGAUUUAGAACCAAAAGACAAAAACGAUAAAACUCCUUUGAAUCUGGCAAUCGGUCAUAGACACAUCGACAUUGUGGAUAUUCUUCAUACAGCAAUUAAAAGGAGAUCGGGCUGGUUUCCGCCAGUUAGUGAAAUCUGGGGCUUGCUAUUUGGCAGAGCCGGUAAUUCUAAAGCCCCAUUAGUAUUUUUCAUGUCUACAGUAUUAUUGUGGGUAUAUCCAAUGUAUAUUAUAAGAGUAAUCCCAAUUACCUGGAACAUAUUACGCGGUUCCCAUUAUUGUUUCAUCUACUGGAACAUUGUAAUGUGGAUUUGUUGGAUAGUGGCCAACAGAAAAAACCCCGGCUACAUUCCAAUGAAUUCGGACUCUUAUGCUCGCUCCAUCAAACAAAUCCCGUACUUUGACAAAUGGAAAAAACGUAAUGCGGUUUUAAAUCGACUCUGUCACACUUGUAGAACGCUGAGGCCGAUCAGAGCUAAGCAUUGUAGAGUUUGCAACAGGUGCGUUUCCUAUUUCGAUCACCACUGUCCCUUCGUCUACAAUUGUGUUGGAUUGAAGAAUCGCACUUGGUUCUUUUUGUUUGUUAUGAGUGUAGCUAUUAAUUGUUCUUAUACUAUUUAUUUUGCUACAUACUGUAUAGCAAUAGAAGGAUUCGGUAUUAUGUAUAUUUUGGGCUUGGUGGAAGCGUUUGUAUUUUCUGGACUAGGAUGGAUUUUGACUUGCACUGCUGUUCUCCAUGCCUGUAUGAAUCUUACCACUAACGAAAUGGUCAAUUACAAACGUUAUCCUUAUUUGAGAGACAAAAGGGGUAGAUAUUACAAUCCAUUUUCCAGAGGUCCUGUUUUGAACCUAAUCGAAUUCUUCUUUUGUACUCCGGAUGACUUGGAAGAGGAACCUUUCUACGAGUACAUAUGAUGCAAAAAAAAAAUUACCGUCAAUGCCUUAACUACCUGUGACGUAAACGAAGAGUAAUUAUUACAAUGAUGGGCUCAAAUGGAAGAAGUGGCUUCUGCAAUUAAAUGUUUUGUUGCCAAAAUGUUAAGGCUCAUUUAUUUAUAUAUCAAUAAUUGCUGUGAUAAGCAUAUAUUAAUUUAAUGUUGGGCUUCACACAAAUUCAAAUACCAAAGAGGACAAAUAGAAUUCAAGAAAUCUUGUCCAAGCUUUUGCCGCAUUAAUGUAUUUAUUUCAUAAAUUAAAAAUGGAUUAAACAUAUUUUUCUCGAAAUUUGGAAUCUUCAGAAAGUUUAUUAGAAUAUUUUCUAACUCAAAAUUUAAUAAAACAAAAUGCCUAAUUUAUAAUUAAUUAUUGUUAUUUUUUUUUGUUGCCCAACAUAAAUUCCUAGGGUUUUUAACCCACGAAAAAGGUCAUUGCUUCGAUAGUAUAACAAACUGGUUUCGAAGAUGGGCCCGUUGCACCUUGUAUCGAAGAAGAAAGUUAAUUUUUAGCUUGUUGAAGAAUAUUAGAUGAAAAGGGGCGCUUAAUACUGACCUAUGGUAAUAAUUUUGAUAGGUGGAUAGGGUUAGGAACUUUUUCUUCAAGGAAUUUUUGAUUCUGGGUGUUGUAAAUAAAGUUGUGUUAACAGAGAUCUAUAUACUUUAUAUACUUCCUCUAUUCCUUAAAAAUUUAAUUUCUAAUAUUCUAAUCGUUAUUCUUGUACCUAUAUUGAUUGAGUGUUUAGGUACCAUUUUCUGUAAAUUACUCCAACAUUCAAGGUUUUGUUUUUCUAUUUCAGUACCUUUUUGCCUGCACUGUUCUUAUUUGUUGAUGUUUAAUUUCUUCAUCUUUGUGUUUUGUUGAGUUUCCCAAACUUUCACAUCUGAACAUUGAUAUUGGAAUGAUUCCUGAAUCCUGUUAAGUAUGUAUUUUGUAAUUCUAAUUUCCUAGAUUUUUUUUUUAUGUAAUUAUAUUUGCAUUAAAGCAAAAAAGAGUAAUUUAUAAAGACAGAGACAAGAAAAUCGAGAUCAAGAAGUAAAAGGAAAAAAGUAUGGUCUGGUUGGUGCACCCAUCCUCAAAAACCUGACCCAUGGUAAUCUUUGCCAAAAAUGUUCAUCCUUUUUAUCGUGGGGUGCAUGACCGAUUGAAAGAGUUUUGAAAUUUAGAGGAACCAAAAAUCAUGCCAUCCUGGAAUUACCAGAUUAUAUAUUUAAUGAGGAUUGAAACAAAGAAAAAAAAAAUUAAAAAAUGAUUUUUUUUAGGUCAAUUGAAAUUUAAAUAUCUACUUAUACAAAUUUUCUCUCUACGUUUUUUAAUGACCGUCCCCAAUGUGGUCCUGAUUAAAUUUGAUCAUAUAAUGAAGUUUUAAUUACCUAUUAAUAAAUGAUAAAAAAAAAUUGUUCUAAUUAUUUUUUUAGUUAAUUAAGUAAUCACUUUUCAACAU